GCGCGGGGCCGGGGCUGCGCGGGGCCCGCGGGCGGCGGUCGUGGGCGGGAGGCGCCCGGGGUUGGGUGACCCCCGCUGGGAAGGCUCUCUCUUCCUGCCCCCUCGACUGGGAGGGGAAGCCUGCGCGGCGCUUUUCUUUUUGCGGCGCUUUUCGGCUUAAAAAGGAGGGCCGCGUAGAAAACCUGAACUUGGUGCCCCCGGGAGUUCCGCCUUGCUGUGGAAGAGCCCCUCUCUGAUGGCGCGGGAGGUGUCCUCCGGUCUCCGGAGCUGAGCCCGGCGCCGGCCCGGCGUGCCCCGGUGCGGGCUGGCAGCGUGAGCUCCCCUCUCCUCUCCUCUCACGAACGGGCUCACCAACGCCGCCUUCCCCGCGAUGCUGUGGGGAAACGUAGGCCCGGUGCGUGCCUCGGAGGCUGGCAGGGCUGGAAUUUUGGAGGCUGAGAAGGAAACAAAGAGGCAGGGACUGCUCGGUUGGAUGGCUUUGCAGCGGCUCUGAUCGCUUUCCAUUGCGGGGAACUGUAGCAAGUAUCGCCGCUCGUGUCAGUUGAAUUCUGCUGGGGGGGGCCGGGAAAUUCCCCUCUGCGUGUGUGCAGGGAGACCCAGCCAGCCCUCCGAUUUUCCUUGAUUAACAGCACUCUAGGAGCAUACUGAGGCAGCAGGCUUUGACAAAAUACUUUCAACACUCUUUAGAUUUAGAAGGAAAAAUGGAGAGCGCCUAUUGUUGCACUUCUUGAAUCGCUUCGCCUAUUGUUAGCUUGGCAGCGCCUUCCUGGUGCCAGCCAAGAACAACUUUCCUCAUAACUUCCGUUUUAUAAAUACAGGAUGGCUGAAAGGCGUGCAACGAUGUCCUAAAAAUAGCUGGGUGUAUUCAGGUCAGGCAUGCUUCCAGACUGGCGGCAGUAACACGGUCGUAUUUUUAAACAGCCCCAGCUGAUUCUACACAGAGCACGCAGGUUUAGCAGUGAACAUAAAAUUGAGGCGCUCUGGGGUGCUCUCGUGUAGUACUGUCCUGGCUAGUAUUGCAUUUCAUCUUGUUUCGCCUGAGGACUGCAUUGCAUUGUUGCUUUUGAUCUUAGCGUGAGCCGUGGUGGUCAUGUGUUAUACUCGGCCUAAGACUACCCAGAGUAACUUCCUUUGCCGUUAGCCUGCAUUAUCCUUUUUAUUUCUGUCACGUGGAGAAGAGUUUGCCGUGGGUGAGGACCCUGGUGUGCCGGGAGCUGUGCAAGCAGAGGGCAAAACCGCAGCCCUCAGCUGAAGGGGGUUUAUAGUUCAAGUUGGGAGGGAGGGAGGGAGGGACACACCUGUGUGCAAGAGCAAUAGGAGACAGUGCGACCCUCCAGACCAGUGUCAUAGUCAGAAGCCAGUUGUUCCCAGCUGCUUGGCGAAGGAGAUUUUACAGAAGAGACUUGAAGUAGAAUAGCCUGCUAAUAACCCUCCAAAAAAUCUGCCCUCAUAGUACACACUUGCUCAGAUCGUUAACAAGGAGGCAGUGGAGCCUGGUAUCAUCAUUUGGCCAGAGAUGAUACCAGCCCUUUUAAAUCGUUGGAGGGGAUGCAGGGGCAAGUGGAGGGAGACUAGAACAGGCUUUGAAAGUCAAGAAGUUUUGGUGCAGUGGGGAAGUGGAGGCACGGACAGAGAGGUGAUGUGGUUAUAGCUGUGACUUAGAAAAAUGAUCCCUGCAGCAGCACCCUGGGUGGCUAAAUAAGUAAAAUAUUGAAUUUCAAGAAAAAUGAGUGUUUGGAAAACCAGAGAGUAUGAUGGAUGUUUUAUUUGCAUGAGUGGACAAGAAAUACUGUAUCGUAUAGAGUUAUGAAGCAGGAGAAGUUGGUGAGAUACUGUGAAGAUCUAAGGCGUCAAGCCUGAGAGAGAUGAAGGUUAUGGACCCAAGUGGGAUAUAGGCUGGCUGUGUCAGGUUUGGACACUGAGGCGCUGUGCAGAAGGCCGGUUGGGGAAGGCUGGGGACAGUGGGCUACCUCUGAGCUGGUAGUCAUCCACAGCUCGGGUACUGGAGGAGAGGCCGAGAGUUCAGCCUAUGCAGGAAGAUGGACUGCGGCAACAGGGCACAUCUAUGAGUAGUUGGCAGGAAACUGUGGCUGAAGAGGUGUAAGCUGCUGAAAGAUUAGAUUCAGAGUAACAUCAGGGAGGAAGAAAGAAAUGCUUGUGGCACUCACAGAAACUGUGGAGGGCAUGGGAGUAAUUGCAGAGUUUAGAGAGGAUGAGGAAUGACAUCCAGGAGGGGACGAUAUUUUAAAGCUAGAAAGCUGCUGUUGGAGACUUGACAAAAGGAAUUUCAAAUGAGUGCAAAGAGCAGAAACCAGACAGCGCUUUAUUUCACCCCACAGGCUCCCUAAUCAGUCUCCCUAAGGAGUAUAAUUUUUACACAGCUGUCAAAGCUACGGGCCAGGUCAGGAGUUCUUCGUUCUGUGCUGCGUUAUCGUUUGGGUCACUUUGCCACAUUCCUUCAAUGGGAAGCUGCAGACUCGUAGGGUGCUUCAUCUCCUGGACAUUAUUUGUGUCCCAUCUUUAAGCUAACUUAUAGCCCUCUAUCUUCUUCAAUUCUUUGUCUGCCCCUUUGAUUUUAUAUAAAUAGACAUUAUUUAUCAUCACUAAGUAGCUGACUACGGAGAGGUGUUCCUCCCUGUGGCCCUCCAGGGGGUCUGCAUGAGUUAUAACUUUUCUUGGGCUUCUGAUCUUCUUGAGAGAGUUGGUGGUGGCUGCAGUGAUACAGGUAGUUUCUUUCAUCUCGCAGAGAUGCCGUUGUCAGCAGUGGUCAGCGGCCUGCCCGGAGCAGCAUGCCAACCUGAGGGUGCUGCUGCAGGACCGCAGCCAGCUGGCUGGGGUACCUUAUGGCCAGCGCGCCCUUGGGUCUGGGCCCUGAGUUGUGGUGAGGAUUUUGGAAUCUCUUCUUUUGCUUUUUGGUCCUUUUCUGUCCAAGUUUCUUGGUGAAUGACUGUGAAGAGUUAAUAUUCAUGCUGUUAAGUCAUCAGGUCAGUCCCUUAUCUGUACCAAUUUGGGCUGCAAUGUGCGGUUGUUCCACACUCUUCCCUCAGCCCAGGAAAGAAGCGAACUUCUCUACCCCAGUGCGUGGCUGGGCUCGGGAAGCAUUACAGUUCACAUGCAUGCUGAAAUAUUGUAGUGUGUGCAAUAAAGGAUGCCUUCCCAUUACUCUUAGCUGUGAACAGGCAGAAGCGAAAGCAUACCUCUUCUCCUACAUGGGCCAGGCAUUAGCUUCCGAGACCACGGGCGCUGGAAGCCAGACGUGAACGAAGAGCUUUUGCAAUCCGCCCUGAGUCACCGGUGGGCACUGGGACGGGAAUCACGCGCCACCUGCGAUGGUUUGGAUUGCAUCCCGCCGAGCGCUGGCCGGCGGUAGGUCUGGCACAGGGCUGCCUUUCUCGGCUCCUCCGAGCCCCCCUCCCCAGCUGGUUCACACAGGCACUUCCCCAGCUUGGGUGAAGCAUCGCCAUCCACAGGCCCUCUCCUGGGGCAGCCCGUUUCCUCCAGCAAAGCAGCUGCAAACCCUGCAGCAAACCUCCUGCAAGGCUGGCAGUGGUGGCAAACAUCCCCAGUCUUCUGGGCGCCCAGAGGUUUCCGUUCUGCCCUCUGAGCAGGCAGGCUUGCCUUUCACCUGAAGUGCUCUUUCCUGUGCCCUGAGGUGCCCUCAGCUGUGCAACAGGCUCCUGAGCGAGUCUGAGGUGCAGCAGGAGCUUUCAUAGAGAUGCUGAGAGUCUCCAUUUUUAGGAAUGGGAUCUGGGCUGGGUGCGUCAUGAAGGUGUUUAAGGAUAUAAAGGCUCUCGUUUCAGCAAGAUAGUUGGUAGGCAUUGUACCACAGCAGAGUGCUCCUUGCAGAAAGAGAUGGGAAUGAAUGUGUUUGAUUUGAUGAGCAGCGAGAGCUCUGAAGGAGUUUCUGGAUGGGAUUUUGGGCUGGUGACUGUGUUUCUUCUUAAUACAUCCCAUAACUUCAUUGCCUAAAACAUCUGUAACAUUGUUCACCCCAGCUGGAAGUACUUCUGGAGUUAAGGUAGAACCUUAAAGGCAAAACAGGUAAAACGUGGAUUUUAUUUUUUUUUUUAGUGUGUUUUUACACAGUGUGGCAUUAACUUGCUAAACCAUACUAUCAGGUGAUGUAAGUCCUGGAGUGUAAUAGGACUCAGGAAAUUGGAUGCCAUGUAAAUGGGAGAGAGCACUAAUAAGAGAGGGGAAGAAAACAUGUUUCAGGAUCUCACCAACCAACGACAGAAUGAGUUUGUAGGAAAUCUGUCCUGUAGGUAGUCUGUGCUGUGGAAGUUAACAGUGACAGCUGUCCAUCUGCCUUUGAAGCAGCAGGUGCGCUCUGCUGCUGGCAUCAGCUACCAAGGCAGCCCAGGCACAAGGCUGGUAAUCCCUUGGGCUGCAUUUGGGCGUCUCUGGUUCCUGUGAGGAAAAUAGAAUUGCUCCUUACUAAGCAUCAGAGAACCGGGAACCCCAUUUUCAGAGGAGAAAAGGUCAGCUGUAUAAAAAUGAAAGGAGUGACAUGGACAGUCAUCUCUGGUUUGAAGCAGAAGGCCGUUCAUUUGGAGGGACCGAACAGGGUAAUUUGCAAACUCCAGUUGGAAUAAGUCUUUAUGCCUGGAAUAUGAUUAGGGCUCGUAUUCCUGUGGGCUACCAAUGUUAGAUGGCCAGUUGUGCUGGAGUAAGUCUGACAUUCAGCCUGGUGGAGGACAGGGAGGCUCUCACAAGCUGGGCAGGUAAAUACGGCGUAUAACCGUGAACAAGGGUGUUGAGUUACAGGAGCACGCAAAUGUUUGCUGUGAAAUACGUUUUCGUUGGUUAAGUGCUUUGGCUUGUUUUUGAAUCAGGUACUUCAUCUGUCUGCAGGAUUUCCUCACCCAGUAUGGGAUAUUAAAGUAGAAAGGAAAAUGGAUGCUGCUUUCUGAAGCCUAAUCACUGCUUUCAUGGGCCAGGAAUCCAUUGCAGCAGGGAGCUAGGGCAGUAUAUCAGUACUUGGCAUACUGUUUCAUGCAAGCCGUGAGGUUAUUAAUGGUGAUGUAUUGGCCCUGCUUCCCUACGAAAGCAGCAGAUACCCUCGGUGACCUUACAGGAGCUGAGUCAGAGCUCUCGGAGAGGUGCUGAUGCCAGUAAGAGUGACUCGAGUGACUGACAGGGUGGGUGGUGCACACAGAGGUGAAGUAGCGUCCCACAGCACAGCUAUAAAAUUGAGCACUUCCCCUGUGAAACAAUGCGAGACCUCAGGUGCAUUGUGCUUUUGUACACAUCCUCUAAGGAAAAAAUGUCUUCUGAAUGCAAAGCCACAAGAAAUGAAAACGAGAGUGGCUCUAGAUCUCGAGCUACUUGCAAAAACAAUACUGCAAGAUUGAGGGACUGGUGGCAAAUCUCAAGGUUUGUGACUUAGGGCUGAAAACAAAUGUUGCUGGUUUUUCCUAUUAGAAAAUUAACAUUGCAUUCCUGUGCUGUGUAUAAGCUUUGGUAGAUUGAGAGAAAAACUUACGUCACUCUUCUGAUUGCAGUCUUGCUUUUCUGUCUUUUUUUUUUUUCCACCGCUUCUUUCAGGCAGGAUUAAUGUAGCCAAGAACUUGCACAUGAUUAAGUAAAAUUUUGAAAAAAUAGGAUUAGAGUUUACUGCUAUAAAUGAGUGAUCAACAGGAAAAAGGAAGAUGUCAAGUUAAGAGGCUUUGACUCCUGUAACACCUAAACUGAAGUUGGCGCUGCAUUUACCUCCGAAAUCUGUCGCAUCCUGCUGCAGAUGACAACCCUCCCGCGAGCGGCAGCCUGCUGCAAGUGGUAGCCAAGGCAGCGUAGCUGCCAGUGAAUAUUUGAAAGGAAUCCCCCUGUGUCUGGUUCCCAGUGCAGCUCCCAUGGCCUGUGACGAACCUGCUGCUCUCUCGGGCAUCUUCACGCGCCAGAACUCUGCCAGUGCCAUCUCUCUGGACUUUGAGCCUGAUGCUGACUACAAGUUUGUUGAAACCUUAGAAGACAGGUACAAGUGCGCCUACUGCCACCUCGUCCUUCGCAAUCCCCACCAGACGGGAUGUGGGCACCGAUUUUGCCAACAGUGCAUUCUUUCUCUGAGAGAGUUGAAUGCAGUACCCACUUGUCCUGUCGACAAAGAAACAAUAAAAAUGCACGAGGUAUUCAAAGACAACUGCUGUAAAAGAGAAGUUCUCAACUUGCAUGUGUUCUGCAAAAACAUUCCUGACUGCAAUUCAAAAAUAAUUCUGGGACGAUAUCAGGAGCACCUUCAGCAGUGUUUGUUUGAAAGCGUGCAAUGCACCAACGAUGGAUGUUGUGAUCAAAUUCUUCGGAAAGACUUGAAAGAGCAUUUGAGCCGGCACUGUAAAUUUCGAGAAGAAAUGUGUCAGUACUGUAAUAAAUAUGUGGUGUUAAUUAACAUAAAGAAUCAUGAGAAAAAUGACUGUCCUGAUUAUCCUGUGCCUUGUCUCCAAAACUGUUCACAAAUAAUUCUGAAAAAGGAGAUUGAAAAGCACCACGCGGUGUGCCCUGAGGCAGAAGUGGACUGCCCAUAUAAGCAGUAUGGCUGUCUUGUAAAGGUUAAAAGAGGGAAACUUGCCGAACAUGAAAAUGGUGCCCUGAGGGAACACAUGCUGCAGAUUUUAGACAAGAACUCCCGAUUGGAAGAACAGAUAUCUGACCUGUAUAAGAGCCUGGAAUGUAAAGAGAUUAAAAUCCAGCAGCUAGCAGAGGCCAUUAAAAAGUGUGAGAAAGAAUUCAGACAGUUUACACAACUGUUUGGUAAAAAUAGCAACUUGAUGGUAAGCACACAGGCUCUGGCCAGUCACCUGGAUAAGUCUGCGCGCCUGGAAUUGCAAGUGAAACAGCUAAUACAGAUGGCAAACCAGCAACAAAGCAAAUUAGACUUGCGACCCCUGUUUGACACAAUUGAACAUGUAAAACAGAAGAUUGCCCUGAUGGAGACAUACGAUCAGCGCUUGGUUGUUUUGGAAGGUCAGUCCAGCAAACACGAUCUCCAGAUCAAUAUUCACAAAGCACAGCUCAAUAAAAAUGAAGAACGGUUUAAGCUUUUGGAAGGCACAUGCUACAAUGGGAAAUUAAUCUGGAAAAUCACGGACUACAAGAUGAAGAAAAAAGAAGCGGUGGAAGGCCGUGUCCUCUCCAUAUUCAGCCAGCCCUUUUACACCAGCCGCUGUGGGUACAGGUUAUGCGCAAGAGCUUACCUGAAUGGGGAUGGCUCAGGAAAGGGAACACACGUCUCCCUCUACUUCGUGGUGAUGAGAGGGGAGUUUGACUCGCUGCUACUGUGGCCUUUCAAGCAAAAAGUUACACUUAUGCUUUUGGACCAAAGUGGGAAAAAAAAUCACAUCGUGGAAGUCUUUAGAGCUGACCCCAACAGCAGCAGUUUCAAAAGGCCGGAUGGAGAAAUGAAUAUUGCCUCUGGAUGUCCACGCUUCGUGCCACACACGGUCCUGGAGAACACAAAGAACACCUACAUCAGAGAUGACACUCUGUUUUUGAAAGUGGUGGUGGAUUUAACCGAUCUGGAGGAAUUGUGAAAAGCGUGCCCAAUCAAUGUGACUGCUUUAAACAUUACGAAAUGCUUUCUUGGAGACUACUAGCCAUGCAAUAGUGAAUUGCCACUAAUCAAGCUACUGAUAAUGUUUCGAGGCUUUUGGACUGCAUAACAGAUAAUGAAUUGCCAAAGCAUCAGCCUUUCCUUUUUUAACCUUUUUUUCAAGACUGCGUGUUUAAGGCAGCUAGAAGUCCAGUUUGAUGCGAACAUGCAUUCGAUCCAGACUUGGCUCAGUCCAGGCUGGGGGGAAUGCUUGUCUCCCAUCACCAGACUGGUGUUUGGAGAUGAAACUCCUCCAGUAAGCACCCUGGAGCCCAAGCAGGCCUGUGGGCUCCCAUCCCUCACAUAGAACUGAAGCCAUGCCCAAGUGUGCAAGUGCAUUUCACUUGUCUGAAAUGGAAGCAUUUUUCAACAUUAGCACAUUUAAAUCAAUGUAUCUUGAUCCCUCCAUCUCCUGGAUUUUUGAAGUGGGGAGAAUGGCUUCAAUCAGGCAGGGAAAACAUUUGCCUGGGAUCUUGCAUCUUUUUUGUUUGUUUGUUUGUUUGUUUUAAUUGUUUUUUUUCCAGAAAGCCCAGAGGAAGAUGCCAAUGCCUCUUACUUUUCUAGCCUGGUAUUUCAGCUGUAUAGAGUACCCCCAGGUCACAAUAGCUUUGUUAUGUCCUUUCCGUUCCUGCCUAGUGCCUUGGGACUGAUUUCCAUUGGUGGUAAACAUCCACAGUCCCCAUCUGAAGCCAAAAGAAGCUGCAGGCACUUCUCACCUCUCAGGACAUGGCCAGAAGCAGGGUACUCUUGGCUGCACUGCUGGUAGAAGGGGUGCAAAACUCCUGUACUUGUGCUCCCACACCUGCACAAAAGAGAUGUUUUCUGGCCUACCAGCUCUACAAAAGACAGGAAGAGCUUUGGAUAUCUGCUUGGGAAAAGGUCCAUGUAACAUGCACUGUUCCCCUCUGCUAGAAAUUUGGAUGUUUGGGAAAGAAGGAGGAAAAUGGGUUAGGGAGUGAGGUUGCUGUAAGAACCCAAUUCUCACAGGUAGUGCAGCUCUAGUGUUUGUUAAAGGGCGAGACAGCCGCUAAGUAACAAUGAAGUGCGUCUGAAUAUCUUCAUUUUUAUCGCAAGUUCCUUCCAUACUGCAAGGGAACGUGUGCAUUGUGCGGGGUUUAUUGGAGACGCACUAAAACCACCAAGAUCAGGCACUGAGGAACAAGUGACAAAGAAUACACGUGCCUUUUUAAAGCCUUUUGGGUGCCUGUAAGAGGGAUGUAAUUUUGCACACCCGGUCAUUUUAUUACAAGUGACAGAAUUUUGUGUGUCUCUCAUCUCUCACAGAUUAGGUAGUGAAACACCGCAACGUUAUCCAUUGCUCCUGCAGUCCACUGGCAGAGCAAACCCAGAGCUUGUCAAGAGACAGCAAGAAACCAAGCUGGGUUUAGACUAAGAGUAAACUAGGCAGGAUAAAAAUCAAAAUGGGGCACAGACUGCAAGGUAUAAGGUAGAAAAUUCAAGAGGGCAAAUGUGGCAAAAUCAAAAAUGCCCUUUCUGUGUGGGAUGUUGAGAUCAACUGAAAUAAUACAAUUUGGGGAUUGAUACAAAGACAAAGGCAGAAUACUGUAUUUUAUACCUGCAAUCUCAUUGCUAGGCACUUAGUUUCCCACAGGGUUUCUAGGACAUAAUUCAGACACAAAUAUUUUCAAAUUUAGGGACAGGAGGGAAGAGACCUUAAUUAUUGGUACAUUACGGUGACUUAGCACAUCUGAAAUGUUCAUUUUUAUUUAGAUGUCCUUUUUGUUGUAAGAUGUCAGGGCGUACUGGGCCACUGUAGGGGCUUUCCAUGUUCCCAGGGACAGAUGGUGAAGAAUGGAUUUUAUUCUCUUGUAUGGCCAUGACUGACUUUAAGACUCAUUUAAGUCUCAUUUUGGCUGUACAACAGAGACAAUUAGGCCUCAUGUCCCUAAUGCUUCGUUGCAGAAGGAGCAAGCUUGGUUUGCAAAUGGCGUGGCAUUCUAGGACAUCAAUCCUGAGCCUCGGACGUGGACUUCAUGUCAAUUAUUACUUUAAUAUUUGUCAUGUAACUUUCAAAAUGGCACAACUUGCAUAAUAACCACUAAUAACUGAUAGAAACAUACCACUCAUGUUUCCUGGAACUCUCCAGUAUGUUGAGUGUGAAAUACAGAAAGCGAUGAAGAACUUGGAGAAUCGAGGGAAGCAAGAGGGAAAGGAUACGGUCUGUAUCCUGUCAAAUUCCCAGCCCUCUCCGCCUCCACCACCCCAAGCGUAAAAUGGGGAUAAUAAUACUUGCAGAAGUGUUAGGACUAUUUAAAUGUUUGUGAAGAAUUUUGAGCAUGAGAAGAGCUAAGUAUUAUUAAAACUCCAUUUCCAAUUGUUUGAGUAGGUGAUGGAGCAGUGAUGUGGAUAAGUGUUUAGUGUGUUCCUGGACAGAUUUUGAAAGCAUGUUCAGUUUUAGCCAAUCCAUACUGCAAUCUCUCCUCUACCUACCAGUUGGGUUUAGGUUUUUGCCACGAAUAUUCCUUUUAACAUUUUGAAGCACAAAUGAUUCAUCCUGGGUAAUGGAAACAUCCCUUUUGAAAUACUGCCUGUUUUAUAAAGAAUUAGUUGAGAAAAUUUUUUUAAAGACAACCUUCUUUAAAUUCGUUCUUUUUAUUACAACAAUUGAGAGAUUUAUGUUAAAAUUCUCAGUGAUUUUUACUACUUGUAAACAGGAUUUUCAAUUUCAUCCCAUUCCUAAUAAAGAAAAAAAUGUUGUAUCGCAUGAAUUGUUGGGAAGAAUUUUGAUGUUGCAUGAAAAACACCAAAAAACUUUUCAAUAAUAUUGUACUGGGUAAGUAACCAAAAAAGUGUAGGGUAUUUCUACAUCAGCAUACAGUAUGUUUUUAAUGUAUUUAUUGACAGUUUGUAGUUGUUUGAAUAUCUCUUACUACAGGCAUUUUUCUAGCCAAAUGUCAUCACUGUAUACGUAAAUUAAUGUAAGAAUAAAAAAUUUUACCAUC